GCUUUAAUGAAGAGUCCUGAACCUCAGGGAGAUGCAUGGGUGCAGGCCCGUGUUCUUUGUCUUGCAAGCAACUGGUUUGCAACACCGUGGACGACGACGACCGAUGUGUGGGCUGGAGCUGACUGGGCACGCUGGGGACUGGCGAGUCCAAGAGACAGGCCGAACUGUGGAGGGUGUCGAAGUCACCUGGCAGUGUGCGUCAACAGCCAGCUUGCCAGCUCUGCCAUUGGAGGCGCGAGACGGCGCUGCGGACCUGGAGAGAGCUUCGGUUACGCGGUUACGCGGUUACGUACAACAAAAGUGCCGAGACAGCCUAUCCGCUGGGUGGAUACAGCCGAGUCUUUUAGUCUCGCCGUUGAGCGCGUAGGUGGAGAGGGUAGAUCAAACGGUACAUUAGCUCUUGGCGAAUGCGAGUGCAAAGCCGACAACACCAAGGCGCUAGGAGAGAAUAGGGAAAACUACGGCCCGAGCGUUGGCCAAAGGGAAGCAUGGCUGAUAUGGCCCGAGCUGAAGAGAAAAACCGUUGUGUGCUGCGGCCGGUGGGGGGAUGUGGGACCGCUUGAUGACUGGGGCAGGCAGAGACCUGAGCGAGAUGAGGAACGGCGGAACUCUGACAUUUCCUUUGGAGGAGUUGACUGGCUUAGACUGGACGGCUUGACGAUUCCUGCGCAGGAACCGCCCAAUCGGGAGACUGUGAUGACGGACCAAAAGUGGGCGUCUGCUGUGUGGUACGGUGCAGCGCGUGUGCCCGUCAAUCGCACCCCAAAAAGCUGA